CAAAGCUGUUAUAUUUAUAUUUCCAAAAAAAGAAGAAUAAAAAAAAUGUUUCAAGGGUUUGUUUUUGGCAUUAAUGACGUGUACGGUCACGAAUUCUCCGCCGUGUCUGUGCCGGAAAUCGACGACACGGCGAUGUUCAGCUCCGACGAGUUUCGAAUGUACGCUUACAAGAUCCAACGGUGUCCAAGAAACCGCAGCCACGAUUGGACGGAAUGUCCGUACGCCCACCGCGGCGAGAAGGCUCAACGCCGUGACCCACGGCGGUUCAAUUACACUGCUGUGGCCUGCCCAGCUUUUCGGUCGGGCAGCUGCCCGAAGGGCGAUUUUUGUGAAUUUGCUCAUGGGGUUUUUGAGUACUGGCUUCACCCAGCCCGGUACCGGACCCGGGCCUGUAAUGCGGGCCGGUUUUGUCAACGCAAAGUUUGUUUUUUUGCUCACUCGCCGAAGGAGCUCCGGCCAGAGACCAAACAGAAGUUUAAUUUUAAUGCUCACCGGCAGCGUGUGGCGGUGGCUGACGUUGAAAGUCCGUCAGAGGAAAAAUUUGACGGCGCUUCGGAAAUUCCGGUGAGGGGAACCAGCGGUGGACGGGAAAAACAACGGAGUUUUGGGUUGGAGGUAUCGGAAUUGGACUUGCCGCAUGUUGAAUGGAUAUCGGAAUUGUUGCAGUAAAUUAAAUUUUAAAAAAAUACU